AUGUUAACUCGAUCAUCUGCAGCUUCGCGUUUAUCUCCGACUUUAAACGAACAAAUUGAAAAGCGUCGACGUUCAACAAUAACAACAAAUGAUGAUCAACAACAGAAUGAUAAUUCAUCAUCAUCAUCAUCAUCACAAGCUAAACCAUUAAAGAAACGUUGGUUAGCUCAUCAUAAUGUUGAUCAAGAACAACAAUUAAAUAACACAAAUAUUCAAGAUAAUUUAUCGUCAAUAAAUAAUUUAAUAAAUGAGUAUAAUUUUCAAGAUUGGCAAACAAUAACAGUUCUCGUACGAAUAGGAAAUAAUCAAUCAAAUGAAUAUGUAUCAGGUACAAUAGUUGAUAUACCAAAAAAUGGUCAUUUAACUGUUGCACCAUCAAUUGUACAUGAUAAUUUAUUUCCAAAUAAAGUUCAAAUAAAUUUAUUUGAAGAUCUUUUUGGAAUAUUAUCUGAUAAUGCUCCACCGAUACGAGAAUUAAUUGAAGGCAAGCAUGUUUUAUGUCGAAGACAACAAAUAGAAUCAGAAACAAAUUUCAAAUAUGCAACUUAUCAAUCUGGAAUUAUUGUUGAAAAAACAAAUGAUGCAAAAUUUAAUAUUUCAUUUGAUAACCAACAAGAUACCGUAUGUGUACCAAGACAAUCAAUAAGAUUAUUUUUACCGCCGUGGCAUGAUGAAAUUCCUGUUGAUUGGAAUGCUGCACUUGAUGCUAAAUCUUUGUUUAAAUCGAGCAAUACAUCUGAAAUUAAUCAUCAACACGGUUGUUGUGGCAGUCCAUCUCCACGUGAAUCAUCUGUAUCAUCAAAUGAUAGUUUACAAUCAACAAAUAUUAAUAUAAAUGAAUCGAAUAAAGUAAUAACAAGUGAUUCUUUGAUAAAAGAAACAACCUCAACAAUAAAUUCAAAUUUUACAUUAAAUAAUAACAAUACAAAUGAUAUUCCAACAACAAUUUAUAAUCAAAUAACUUAUCGUAAAGGUGAUGUUAUGACAUCGACACAAUCCCAAAUUCGAAAAAAAUUUAACGGAAAACAAUGGCGUCGCCUUUGUUCAAAAGAUGGUUGUCCAAGAGAAUCUCAAAGACGUGGUCUUUGUUCAAGACAUUUAUCACAAAAAGGAAGACAAGAACAUAAUGCUCAAACGACACUCAGCUUUGAUAGAAUUCAUUCUCAGCCAUCAAUUAUUCCAUUAACUACAAAUAAUUCAUCAAUCCAUCAUGGUUAUUAUUCUGCACCACAAUCAAGAACAACAACACCACUAUUUUUCUCACAAUCACCAAGAUUUCUAUUGCAACAAAAUUCGUUUCAAAAUGAAGUUUUCGAUUCAAAUAGUUAUCCAUCAGCUCCACGUUCAACGACAUCAGAAAUCUCAACAAAUGAAUCGUCUCAAGUAAAUCCAAUUCGAACAGUUAAUUGGCCAGACAUUUUACCUAAGAUAACAAUUAAUCUUGAUCAAAGUCCCUUUGAUCCGAUGUCAACAAAUCAAACACAAGACGAUGAAAAUAAUAAUUCUUCAAAUCCUGAUGAAAAUCCAAUGAAGGAGGACGAUUCAAAUGGAAAUUCAAAUUCAAAUUCAAAUUCAAAUAAUAAUAAAAAUGACAAUGAAAAUAAGUCAUCUUAUAAUGGUGAUUAUCAAUCAUUGAGAAAUGUUUCUCUGUCACCAUCUAAAGAAAAACACAUUCGUCGUCCAAUGAAUUCAUUCAUGUUAUUUUCUCAAGAGCAGCGUGGAAAAAUUCAUUUAGCAAAUCCUAAUCGGGACAAUAGAAAUGUUUCAAAAAUUUUAGGUGAAAAAUGGUAUUCAUUAUCAGCACAAGAACAAGAACAAUAUAGAAUACGUGCUAAACAAUUAAGAUAUGAACAUUCAAAACAAAAUCCUUCAUUUAAAUGGACAAAUCAAUUAAAUAAUUUAGAUAAUCAAAUUAAUUCAAAAGAUGAACAAGAACAAUGUAGAAGAUCAGCUAGAUUACAAUCACAAUCCAAUCAAGACAAAAAUACAUCACCGUCUUGCGAUAGAUUACAAGCUUUCGCUCAAAUUUGUACAAAUAUGCCAAAAUUGACCGAAGAAUCAACACAACGUUUUUCUCCAAUCACAAAACCGUCAACAGAUAAUAAUGCAACAUUAACAAAUCUUAUAGCACCUGUUCCUAUUCAUGGAAAUUCAACUCCAACAUUAAUUGUAAAUCAAAAUUCGUCAGAGUUUAAUACAAAUGUUAAUUAUAGCAAUGAAAUGGAUACAUCUCAAAAUGGAAUCUUUCAAUAUCGUAAUACUGCUUUUCGUGUUCAUCCAUCUUGUAAUUCAAAUAAUGAUGAAAGGAAAAGUCAUUCAUUAUCAAGUUCUCCUAAUUUAAAAACUGAAAAUUCUUCAUCAAUAUUAACUGAAAAUGACAAAUAUCGAACAAUUGUGUCAAUGUUAAUUAAUCAACGUAAAGCAAAUCUUAGUCUUGAGCAACAAUUAAAAUAUUUACAAUCAACAACGAAUCAUAUAACUAAAGUCACAGCAUCUCAAUCACCACCAACCACGUAUUCAGCUUUAUCAACUGAAUCGAACAGUAAUCAUAAUUUAAUUAAUGAUUUUAGCGAUCGUUUCAAUUCAAACCGAUCAUUUGCAAUUAAACCAUUUUCAAUCAAUGAACAUCAACAAAGAAAUUUUAUUUUUAACAAUUCUCAAAAUCAUUUUAUAACACGUUCAAUUGCAUCAUUAUCAUCGUCGUCAUCAUCGAGUAAUUCAACAGGUUAUUCAAGUGGUUCAUCAUCAUCAGCGUCUUCGCUUGAUAGUAGUAGUACAAUAUUAUCAGCGUAUAGCUCACGUUCAAAUAGUUCAUUAUCUGAACGAAGUAAAACAUCUCCAACACCAUUGAAACAAAUUUCAAUACAAUAUUUACCAACAAUCAAUGAAUCCAGUAUUCAUUGUCCGACAGCAGCUGAUGAUGAAGUUACACAAUUGACUUCACUUAAUGAAAAUAAAUAUCAAUCAAAUAGUGUAUUACAACAGUUUCCAUUACCACCAACCUCUGAUCAAUUAGAUACUGUUCAGAGUAAAUCUUUAACAAAAAGACGAAAAACUAUUACUUUAGAGUUUGUUCAACGUCCAACAACUCGAUCUCAAAGUAUAAGUGAACGUGUCAGCACAAAUAGCUGUACUAGUAUUAAUAGUGAAUCAUGUUCUAUUGUCACACGUAAACGAAAAGCAUCAAUUGCUAAUGAACAAACUGAAAGUGAAAUAAAACGCACAACAACUGAUUAUAUUAAACAAUUAGAUGAAAUGAAAAAUCAAUAUAUAAAAGCAAACUCAAAUCGUCAAACAAAUUCUUCAACUCCUUCAAAUAAUCAAGCAAUAAAUAAAAAUCAAUUAGCAUCAAGAUUAAGAGUUAUUGAUUUUUUAAAAGAUCAACUUUACCCCACCGAUUCGGCAAUAUUAUCUUUUCAAAUAGCAAAUCAAGAGCUAUUUCCAAAGAGACGCUUAUUAAACCAACGUAUUCGAGAAAUUCGUCAAAAAUUGAUGAGUCAUUUGAAUCAACAACAAACAUUACGUGAACACUUAUCAUAA